AUGUCUACACGUCGAAAGCACCUGGGGUCUGCUGUAAUAUGUGACUGCUUAUUAGAUCCGCGAGUUGGCAGAUGGGAGUUCGUUCAUAGGAUGUCUACACGUCGAAAGCACCUGGGGUCUGCUGUAAUAUGUGACUGCUUGUACGCACUAGGCGGAGAAAAAGGAGAAGGCGGCCAACUGAAAUCAGUCGAGAAAUACAACCCUCGCAGAAAUGAUUGGAUUUCAGUAGCUGCCAUGAGCAAGAGACGAUCUCAUGUAAAAGUGGAAGUUCUCAACGGAAAGAUAUACGCUAUCGGUGGAUUUGACGGCCGCACCUAUCAUAGAUCCGUUGAGGUUUUUCAUCCUCAUGGGAAUCAAUGGAUAAUUCGCACUUACAAGGAGGAG